AUAUUUGUUUUCAGAGAAGCAAAAAUUAUACGAGAUCCACAGACAAUGAAAUCUAGGGGUUAUGGAUUUGUUGCUUUCACUGUCAAAGAGAAUGCCGAGAAAGCUAUCGAUGAAAUGAAUGGAAAAAUCAUUGGGCGUCGACAAAUACGUACAAACUGGGCAUCAAGGAAAGUGAAUUCCAGCGAUGAUAGUUCACUAAAGGAGCUUACUUUUGAACAAAUUUUCAAUGCUACAUAUCCUGACAAUACAUCCGUCUAUGUAGGACAUCUUAGCUUAACAACAACAGAAGAAGAUUUGCGUGAAGCAUUUUCAUCGAUGGGGUCCAUUAGUGAGAUACGUUUAUUUAAACAACAAGGAUAUGCAUUUAUUCGUUAUUCCAUAAAAGAUUCGGCUGUUCGGGCUAUUAUGUGUAUGAAUGGAAAAGAAAUUAAAGGUAGCAGCAUUCGCUGUAGUUGGGGAAAGAUUAUAAGCGACACAAAUGUUCGUUUUUUCAAUCUUUUUAUGGCGAAAGUUUUCCAUCCUCAAAUAUUUUAG